UUUCAUGUUAUUGGAGGCUAUUUAUCACCUGUCAACGAUGCAUAUAACAAGAGGGGCCUUUUAUCUGCUGAACAUCGUUUACAAAUGUGUCAACUAGCCUGUAAAAGCUCAGACUUUAUAAUGGUAGAUGCGUGGGAGGCAAAACAAUCUUCCUAUCAGCGAACACUGACUGUUUUAACUAGAGUGAAGAGUUUUUUAUGCGAGAAUGGUCUUGUUUCACCAGGGUCCCUUCGGGUAAUGCUUGUCUGCGGCUCUGAUUUAUUGGAGUCAUUUGCCACUCCUGGUGUUUGGAUACCAGAACAGGUCCAGGCCCUAUGUAGAGACUUCGGCGUGGCUUGUAUUAGCAGAGAAGGGAAAGAUGUUGAAAAAAUUAUACUAAGCAAUGACAUACUGAAUGAGAACAAGAAUAAUAUUAAGAUUGUGGAUGAACUCAUCUCAAACCAAAUCAGCUCAACUCGAAUAAGGGACUGCAUCGCAAGAGGGUUGUCCGUGAAGUACCUAACAGCUGAUGAAGUGAUAGAUUAUAUACGAAAACAUAACCUUUAUCUACAUUAAUGACUACAAGUCUGCAAAGAACCAGAAAGGAGGAAAUGUAGUGGGCAUGUGCAAAUGGAACUACCAACUUUCCCUCCCUCUCAUGGUUGCGAACCUGUUCUACAUGUAGCCGGACUUUGAUUAUAAACCACAAAGCAAUAUAUUAUUCUACCAUCUUAAUUUUAGGUAACAUUCUAUAACAUGAAUUGAUGGUUUUCUGUUACUACCAAGUUAAAUAUAGAAUGCUCUCUCUGGCCUUGUUAUAUGCUGUUUAUUGUUAAACAAAAGUCUUGCAUUAUCGAUUUAUCGGUGAUGCAACAAAGGAAAAAAACAUGUAAGAGCACCUUAGAAAAUUAUGGCAUUGUACAUAAACAAAUAGCGACAUUUUAACCAAGCAUUUGAGAUUUGUCUCC